AGCCGGUUAGUUAGUCAUGUUUCGUCGGUAUCCGCGUUGUAUUCAUGUGACGAGUUAGUGUUGAAAGUGUUUUUAAAGUCGCCGAUUUCGUAAAUGUAACCGACAUAAAUAAUAGUGAUAGUGUUCGAAAAAAUAUUUGUAUUUCGGUGUUUCGUUGUUUUAUUUUUAAUCGGUUGAUGGUUGAUUUGUUCGAAGUUGAAGUGUAAUUUUUUUUCAAAAUAGUGGUGCGAAUAAUUUUUUUUUUCGAUGAUGAAUUAACGUAAAUGUAGAAAAUCCGCAAUGGCUUUCGGUUUAUUGUUUUUAUGUGUGGUGUUGAUAUUAUCAUCGUCAUCAAAUGCUCAUAACAACGAACAAUCCUGCCUUUGGCAAAAGAUCCCAAAUAAUGGCGACGAUUCGCCGAUUACGUAUUCGUUGCAGUGUCGCGCUCGUACCAUCAGCAACGCCGAUAGCGUUUUGGCCAAUCUAACGUCCACCGAAAUGGAUAAAAUUACGUCUUUCCAUCUAGAGUGCAGUGACGUUUUAUUUUUCGAAAGUAGUUUAGAAAAUAGUUUUUUAACGCAAUUACGUAGAUUGCAAGAGUUGAAAUUGGAGUAUUGUAAAAUUCGCUAUGUUCCGGUCGCAGUGCUAAGUCCGUCGCGCGAGUUACGUUACCUAACGUUGAGGACUCAUAAUCGCGAUUGGUCGGCGAUGAAUAUGAUGUUCCAUUCGGAAAGCUUUCGCGGCCUGCCUCAGCUGAAAUUUCUCGACUUAUCCGAUAAUAAUAUCUGGUCGUUGCCUAAAGAGUUAUUCUGCCCGUUGCAUACGCUGACUCAUCUCAACUUAUCGUCGAACCGGUUGCAGAAUGUGUUCGAGUUGGGUUUCUCGGAUUGGGGAGACGGUCCGUCGGCGCCUGGAAAAACAUGCAACGUUGGAUUAGAGCUACUCGAUUUAUCGGAUAAUGAAAUCACCUCGUUACCAGAUAAUGGCUUCACCAGUUUGAGAUCUCUGCAGAAGUUCUAUCUGCAGAAUAACGUUAUAAAUUCGAUGGCCGAUCGAGCUUUCGUCGGGCUGCAGUCUUUGUUGAUUUUGAACAUCUCUAAUAACCGGUUGACCGCGUUGCCGCCCGAAUUAUUCCAAUCGACGAGGAAUCUCAAAGAGGUGUAUUUGUUUAAUAAUUCGAUCAACGUGCUGGCUCCGGGAUUACUCGAAGGAUUAGAUCAGCUCGUCAUAUUGGAUAUGUCACAUAACGAAUUGACCAGUUCGUGGGUAAACAAAGAUACGUUCAGCGGGCUAGUUCGUUUGGUGGUGCUGAACAUCGGACACAAUCAACUCACCAAAAUCGAUUCGCACGUAUUUCAAGAUCUGUACAGCUUGCAGAUCUUGAAUUUGGAACAUAAUAGAAUCGAAAGCAUAGCAGACGGUUCGUUCUCGACGCUGAGUAAUUUGCACGCUUUGAAAUUAACGCACAAUAAACUGGUCACGGUGGAAACGUUUCAUUUCAGCGGACUCUACGUCAUCAAUCAGUUAUUCCUCGAUCAUAAUCAUAUCGUUUCGAUCGACGCGAAAACCUUCGAGAAUUGCUCGAACCUACACGAUCUAGGUUUACACGGCAACAAGCUCAGCGAAAUUCCCGAAGCUAUACGCGAACUGAGGUUUUUGAAAACCUUAGAUUUGGGCGGAAAUCGUAUUCAAAGCGUGGUAAAUACAUCGUUCCAUAAUUUAGAUCAACUCAACACGUUAAUAUUGUCGAAUAACAAUAUCGCCAAUAUCACCAAGAACACGUUCAGCACCUUACCGUCGCUCAGGAUAUUGAAUUUAGCUUCGAAUCGUAUACAAUUCGUGGACAGAGCUGCCUUCGGCGUUAACUCAACUCUACACGCUAUACGUCUCGAUGCGAAUAAACUGAACGAUAUUAGCGGUAUGUUUGUACAGCUGCAAAAUCUAGUCUGGCUGAAUAUAUCGGAUAACGAUAUUCUCUGGUUCGAUUACUCCUUCUUGCCACCCAGUUUGGAAUGGCUGGAUAUGCACAAAAAUCGCAUCAACGAUCUCGGUAAUUAUUUCGAGAAACGCGAAACGCUUCAGAUCAAAAUGCUCGACGUGAGUUUCAACAAGUUGGCCGAAAUUAGCGAUACGUCGAUACCAGACAGCGUCGAAAGCGUUUUCCUUAAUAACAACGUGAUUAAAAAAGUCAAAAUAAACACGUUCCUGAGAAAAGCGAAUCUGAGCCGGGUUGUGCUAUUCGAUAAUCAAAUUCGUACCAUCGAUAUGGCUGCCCUGCGUCUAGAUCCGGUACCCGAAGAUAAAGAGUUACCGCAAUUCUACAUCAGCGAAAAUCCGUUCGUAUGCGAUUGCACGAUGGAAUGGUUACCUCGUGUAAAUUCAUUCAGCAGUAAUCGACAGUAUCCCCGUGUUAUGGAUGUAGACUCAGCCUCCUGUCAUGUGAUUUACGGUCGCGGACAGACCGUUCGAUCGAUAAUGGAUCUAAAACCGUCGCAGUUCCUGUGCCCUUACGAGUCGCAUUGUUUCGCCGUAUGCGAGUGUUGCGAAUACGACGCUUGCGAUUGCGAAAUGACCUGCCCGACGAACUGCUCUUGUUUCCACGAUCAUCUGUGGACGUCGAAUAUCGUCGACUGCUCGAACGCCGGUUACUCUUCCGUACCUAGUCGUAUACCGAUGGAUGCUACCGAAAUCUAUCUGGACGGUAAUAACCUAGCCGAACUCGAUAGUCACGUAUUCAUUGGUAAAAAACGUCUGCAAGUUUUAUACCUAAACGACAGCAAUAUCGCCACCAUUCAUAAUAAAACUUUCAACGGCGUCAACGAAUUGAAAGUUUUGCAUUUGGAAAACAACGAUCUGCAGUCGCUCGAGGGGUUCGAAUUUAACGAAUUAGAAAAGCUCAGCGAAUUGUACCUAGAGAGUAACCACAUCAAAGACGUAGCCGAAUCGACUUUCGUACCAUUGAAACAACUCGAAGUACUUCAUCUAGAACAAAACCGUAUCGAUAGCUUCGCAGCUGUCGAACGUAUCACGUCAGACAAUCUGGCGUUGGUUUCGCUGGCCGGUAACUCGUGGUCGUGCGAAUGUUCCAACAUCAGGGAGUUGAUUAGCUGGCUGAAAGAUAACAAAAAUGUGCAAAUGGACGACGUACGGUGCUCGGAUAGCGAACGCUCGGUAGCCGCUGCAUUGAAAUUCUGCGCCGAAGGUAAAGACAACGGCGUCGACUCGGUUAGCAACGUGAAUCGAGACUCGUUCUACAGCAGUUCCUCCGUACUCAGCUCCGACUACGUACCAUUCAUGGCCGCCAGCUUGGUAUUAUUCAUCAUCGUAUUCUUAGUCAGCACCUUAGCCUUUAUAUUCAAAAACGAUAUCAAACUCUGGCUCCAUAGCCACUACGGCGUCCGCAUCCUCACCGGUAACAGCUGCGAAGACGACAGCGAUCGUUUAUUCGACGCUUACAUGGUUUACAGCCUAAAAGACGACGAAUUCGUUAACCAAGUGAUCAGUGCUAGUCUCGAAAGACUAGGGUACUCGUUAUGCCUGCAUUAUCGCGAUAUGCACGUCAUGAGUCCAGCAUAUCUCACCGAUAGUCUACUCGGCGCUUCGGACGCCUCGAAACGUAUCAUCCUAGUGCUCUCGUUGAGCUUCCUGCAAAACGAAUGGGAAAGGCCGGUAUUCAAAGCAGCCCUGCAAACCUGCCUCGAACGUUAUGGCGCCGGAGGUCGCAAAAUCAUCUCAAUUAUCACCUCGAACAACUGCGCCCUCAGUCCCGAGCUGCAAUCUAUACUUAAAUCGUGCCACGUACUGUCGUGGGGCGAAAAACGCUUCUGGGAGAAGUUACGAUACCUAAUGCCGGAUAUUCGCCGCAAACAUAAUCAAACAGAUUCCAAAAAAAUCACUUGCGAUAAAGGUAUCGCCAGCGCGAGAUAUACCACUGCUCCUACGUCGCUCGAUACCUACUAUAAAAUGUCGCCGGCCGCGUCUCUAACCCAAUCCUCGGUACCAACUCAGUCGUCCUGCGUUUCCGAAGAAUCAUCGCAAAGGACGACGACCGACGAAGACGAUGAUUUAGCCAAUCAGCAUAGCUACAUGACCAUCGACUAUCCACAAAGGCAUAAUAAAGUACUCCAUCACGUCUACAGCAGUAUACCCGAUCCUAUUUACAAUACCAACGGAAGGACGUACUUCGUGUGACCUCACGCCGCUUUUCUCUCUUCUAACUAUUUUAGAUAAAAUCAAGAUGGCUCGUGAUAAAUUCUAAUUAUGGAAUCAGCUUCAAGAUACCCAUUUAAAUGAAUAUAUAUAGAAGAUAUACCUACCAUAGCUGUGCUGGAUGCGAAAUGUAGUCAUUUUUUAAAUCAAUCGCUCAAUAACUUUCUUCGUUGAGAGUAAUAAAAUAUCUUCCAGAUAAAUAAUUAUAAUUUUGUGAUUUGAUAAACACCCUAUGGCAGUUCACUCGUCUGUCAGAAGGUGAAAAAGUGUUGUAUUUUUAAUUACAAAAAAAAGUCAUUAUGUUACCUAAUAUAUUUAAUUACUAAGUUAUUAUUAUUAUUUCAUUGUCGUGUGUAUAAAAUGUAAAUACGUUACUUUCGUUUAUACCAUUUUUUUCAUUACCCUAACAGGGUUUUUAAGAUUUUUUUUCGUUAAUAUUGCAUUUUUUUUCUUCUCUACUUACGCGACUGUUUUGAAUUUUUUGAAUUUCGAUUCGAAAAAAAAAAUUCGUUCGAAUUUUGCCAAAAAAUAAAAAAGUAAAAAAUUAUUAUGAGAUGAAAAAUAUCGACGAGAAAAUGCAUUUUUAACCCGUUACAUUUUAUUACGCUUAUGUGAAUUUUUUUUUCUAUGAUAUAUGAGCUUGUAUUUGUUAAUGUUUGUUACAUUUUGUAAACGAAUGUACUUUGUAGCCAUUUGUGAUUUAUUUGGUAGGCGUACUGAUCUUUUUAUUGGUAAGUUUCGCGACUCGAACAUUUUUUUAGACUCUUUUUUUUACUUACUUACUAUUACUCUCGUAAUUUGGAAAAUUGCUAUAGACGAUGAUUUUUUUUACAAUACGUUAUCCUUUAGUUCCUAAAAUUAUAUUAUGCGAAUUUCCAAUCGAAUAGAUCCGUUUACUCGUAUAGACGACUUGCAUGAUGGGGGGUGCGUUUUUGAGACGACUCUGAGAGCCUGUGAAAGUCAUUCUACGGGGGUGGUUUUUGGCUGUGGACUAAAAUAAACCUAGUGGUGAAAUAUGAAUGACAGCUCACUCGAGAUUUACUACGUAUUUGGAAAGAAUAACCACGGGGACGUGGGUUUGAAAUGAAUGUAUUAUUUGGUUUGGUUUAAAAUUCGAUACAAGGGGGUUAGAAGUGUCGAAAGAAUAAUACGCUUUGUUGUUCUCUGUCCAGAAGGGUUGGUUGUAGAACUGUUAUUGUUCGAAUGGAUUUCUCUAUAUAUGAAUAUUGUAUGUAGAACGAUUGAAAUAACAAAAAUUUUGUUUAUUUUUAAAUACACCUCGAAUAUUAUUAAUUUUUUGGGGGGAAAUGAUCUCUCCAGAGUCGUCGUGAUUUCCUUUUCUUGAAUUCUGAUUUCUACGGCCUAAAAUUCUUCUUAUAUAAUCGUGCACGUGAAUGUAAUAAUUUCUAUAGUGAUGAGAUUCCCUCUAUAUAACGUCGAACUCGAAUCGUUCAGAACGUAGCUUUUUUUUCAUUUUUAUAAACGAAUUUUUUCCUCCAAAGACUGAAAUAUUUUUACCUAGGUAAUUAUCGAAUAUUUAUACUUUUUUUCUGUCUGGAAAUUUUUCCCUCUGAAUUGAUAUUCUGGUCUGGAUGGUAGCACGUAAUACAAAGGAUUCGGCCGGUCACAAUGAGAACCACAUUCGGUGUAUUUCGAUUAUUUACGCCGUGUUAUGGAUUUGUGUUUCUAUUGUGCCGCUUUCGCGCGCUAUGUGCCGCUGCCCUGGCCUGCCUUAGGCUACAAUCCAAUCAAUUGAUUUUGCCCUUGACGUUUGUGGGUGAUCCUAUUCGAGAUUUUUUUACUCCGUUCGUUUUUUUUUUCAACUCUAUGAGACUUGGAUGAACCAAAAACAGAAAAUAUAGACGAAAAAAUCAGCUAACAGGAUCUUUAUCUUCUGUAGACUGUUUAAUAUUUAUACGCGAGUGCGAGUGUUAAAUCAAAACUAAAAGGAUACCACGUUGAAUGGGUUAUUUUUUCUUGUUCUGCAAAUAAUCAAAGUUACCUUUUGUAUUAUAAUUAUGUAAUCGUAACAUCGCAAUUUAACCAAAUUCGAUCAAAGUAUCCUGGAAGUUUUGAUUUUUUUUACUUAAUUUUUCUGCAAAAUAUAUACGUACCUAGUCAAAGUAUUAAUUUAUUUAAAAUUGGCAACACCGAGUGUUUUUUUUUUUUUGAAACGAUACGAGAUGAAAUUUUUAACGAAGGUAGGCGUUCGUUGGUAUUUGAUGCUUAUUGAAAAUCAACUUUUGCUUCCCUGCAGCAUUAAUUAGCUCCUUAUUGUCAAUAUUCAUCCUAUGUAAUUUACAUCUUUGAUGUUUUCGGUUUAGCUUUCCUCUCUUUAAUUUGUUUUCCCGCUUUAUUCUUCUAUCUCUCCUUCUCUCUUUAUCUUUCGCAGCGGUUGAUUUUUUUCCCUCUUCUAUGUCUGCUGUAACUCGGAUGUGUAUUUGGUUUUGGCUCCGUAUAUACCUUACCUUACCUUACCUAUACUAGGUACUUUAUUAAAAUAAAUGUCGAUUCACUUUGAUAAAUUAUUCCAUUUAUACUGCCAAACAAGGUAAUUUUGCAUUUUUACGCGAAUCUUUAUUAUGUAAAGAGAAAAUGUGUAAUUAGGUGUAUUAGUAAGGUUUUAAUGCAAGUCGUGUAUUGUUAUUUUUUUUUAUUUAUUAAUUUUUUUUGUUGUUGUUUUUUUCGUAUUUUUUUUCUCUCUCUCUCUCUUUCUCUAUUUGUGUCUUUUCCUCUGUCUUUUUUUUUUUUAAUGCGUAUACUUUCGUAGAAUUUCCGAAGUAUUGUUCGAAUUGUGGGGUGAUUUUUGAACCCCGACACAUUAAUAUUGUUAACCACCUACUUAAAAUAUUCCGUUUAUUCCUAUUUUAAUUUACUUUGUAAAGUAUGUACCUAGGUGUAUAUUGCAUUUGAAUAAAUUAUUAAAAAAUUUUUUGAAUUAUA